UAGUUUCGUACACAUCAGCUGCGAGCUAAGUAAAAAUAAAAAGUACCUGCCUCGGCCCUUAGCGUUUUUGCUAGUUCUUCUGGUGCCCGUGCUAACUUGUUACUGUGCUUCACAUCAGUUCAGAGCAGAUUUCUCUGCUUGUACGCUUGACAGAUUUGUUCAGAGCCAUUAUUUGCGGGGAGAGUGACUGAGGCUGCGACGCGAGCGGCUGUAGGAUCAGGAGUUCGCAGUUUCGCCUCGUAGCAGGACCUCCAUGCAGGAGCAAGUCAAACAGGCGUACAAUUACUGAAGUAGUGCUGGGAGCGACGAUGGACGCUGAGACUAAGCACCAUAGUGAAGAAGAUGAGAAGAUCGAGGUCGAAGACGAUUCGCUAGAUGACAAACUAGCGGUCGCUGCUGCUGUGACGCUGGGCCCGGCUGGUAACGGUGCUGUCUCGGCAACAGAAGAAUCGGAGUCAUCCAAUGCGGACGACGGAGCAGCGAGCUCUGAAGAUGGUCAGGAACCAGCGGCAGCAACUGACCUUGCAGUCAGCCCUGCACCGGCUACUGUGAUAACUCCCUACGUCCAAGUCGACUCGAGCAAAGCUGAGCUGACGAUCCUCGAAGAACCACGGCAGAGAGGAUUCCGCUUCAGAUACUCGUGCGAGGGCCCGUCACACGGCGGCCUGCCUGGAGAGACCUCGGAGAAGAAUCGCAAGUCGUAUCCUACCGUACAACUGCGCAAGUACGAGGGCCGUGCAGCCAGAGUAGUCGUGUCCCUAGUCACCCAAGACGACCCGCCAAGACCGCAUGCACACUCGCUGGUCGGUCGCCACGUCGUCAACGGCCAGUGUACCGUCCAAAUCGGCCCGGAGACCAACUGGAUGGCAUCGUUCCCCAACCUGGGCAUACUGCAUGUGACCAAGAAGAACGUGGUCAAAGUCCUGCUGGAGAGAUAUGCCCUGGCGCUGACUGGGCCUGGUGCAUCCUCAGUGGCUCUGCCAAUCAUGCCAGAUUUGAAGCCAGGCACUGCACCGACAUCGUCGUUGCCGGAUGAGGCCGCUGUCAUUGCAGCGUCCAUGGAGAAGCUCAGCGAAGAAGAGCGUUCGCAGCUGAAGGCAAUGGCCGAGGAGGCCAGUCGGCACAUGAACUUGAGCGUGGUACGCCUCUGCUUCCAGGCGUAUCUGGCGGACGAGCAGGGCAGCUUCACCAAGCCUCUGCAGCCGUGCAUCUCCCAGCCGGUUUACGACAGCAAAGCCCCGUCGGCAUCGACUCUGAAGAUAAGCCGCAUGGACCGGCAUUCCGGCUCGGUGCUUGGCGGAGACGAGGUGUAUUUGCUUUGCGACCGCGUCCAGAAGGACGACAUUGAAGUGCGAUUCUUCACGGAAGGCGACGGAAGCGACAGUGGUGAUGGACGGCCGGAUGGUUGGUCAGCCCUGGGGGUGUUUGCACCGUCCGAUGUUCACCGCCAGUUUGCAAUCGUGUUCAAGACGCCGGCAUACUGCGACACUAGCAUCAGCCGGCCAGUGAACGUAUGGAUCCAGCUGCGACGACGGUCGGACAACGAGACCAGCGAGGCAAAGCCGUUCACUUACCAGCCGCAGAUAGUCGACACGGAGCAGCUGGCGCGCAAGAGACAGAAGAAGAUACCGCACUUCUUCGACCAUUACGGAGAGGCGGGAAACAACGGCCGUGGCGGCGGUGGUGGUAACGGAAGUAACGGCGGUGGGGGCGCUGCAGGCGGUGGUGGAGGGGGUCCAAUGUGGGGUAACCCAGGCAGUGGCGGCGGAGCAGGUGGUGGGGCUAGCGGCAGCAACGGUCCGGGGCUUUUCGGCGACGGCUUUGGAUUCAACGGCAUGCCACCGCUGUCGAGUCGUCAAGCCGCCGUCACCACUGCCCAGGAGCUCGUGUCCGGUGAUGAACCAGAGCGCGCUGAGUCGUCGGCCACGCCCGCUGAUGUCACGGCUGCUGGUAUACUGGCCUGUGGUGGCGCCAUGAAGCGACGACGCUCCCCGGAAUCAUCUGCAUCCGCAGCGGCACAUGAUGCCACAUCGGCCACGCCCGCUGAUGUCACUGCUGCUGGUAUUCUGGCCCGUGGUGGCGCCAUGAAGCGACGACGCUCCCAGGAAUCACCCGCAUCUACAACGGCGCAUGAUGCAACAUCGGCCACGCCCGCUGAUGUCACAGCUGCUGGCAUUCUGGCCCGUGGUGGCGCCAGGAAACAACGGCGUUCCCCGGAAUCACCUGCAUCAACGGCGGCGCAUGAUUCCACUACUAGAUACACGCUAACAAGCAAGGCAAAGCGACGCAUGCAGCAGCGCCACCAACAGGACCAUGUAUCUGACGAGCACAGCGACCCGAGAAGCAGCGGGCAGCCGUCGAGUCUUGCGCACGAGCAGCAGCCGAGGCAGAAAUCGCUCCGGAUGACGGUCGGCUGCCGUCAUCGUCAUCAGCGGAGGGCAAAGUCGCGUGCGAGGCUGGUAGCAUCGCGCACAGCACCGCUGGUCCGUGUAUAGCAGUCACUGUGCGAUGCGUACUCUAAUCGAUCGUAAUAUUGUUAAUAAUGCAUGCGCUGACUAACCGUUGACUACCUGUACAUGUAUGGCCUUGCACAUUGAUUGCGGCGCCGGCGGUGCCCUUCGUUCGUCCCCGCUGCCUCCACCUAUCAUGGCAAUUAGUUUGCGCUUGAUUUCUGGCCUUGACCUAUCCAUGGCUGAGUGCUAUUUUCGGAAACUAUAACCUGCGUUCAUCCACUCCCCGUCGUCGUCUUGUAGCCCGUUGCCCGUCGUCGUCUUGUAGCCCGUCGUUGUCUUGUAGCCCGUUGCCUUACGAAGUACAGAGACGCAGUGCACGCACGAUGAUGGAUCGUCGGCUUCACGGUGCACGCGUAUGUCCUGGUAGCCCUUCCGCCACUGACAAUCUUUGUUCAGUCCUGUUUAUCGCCGCUCUCCCCACUGCAGGAUUACUAAAACCACAGCAACCGUCUGAGUGUGACGUGUUUUGUUGCUGGGUGAGAUGUGCUUCCGCUAUACUUGAAGCACCUGCUGAUAUUUAAACUGCUGCCAAGGACAUUAGAUUGGCAAGAGCUGACGUCAUCUGCUUUUAUCAUACUAUGUGCGCGGGAACUACAUGCACAGAAACUGAUCAUUAAUUUAGACGUGCAUGCCGGGUUUAAAAAUACGUUUUAUAGUUCUCGUCUCGUGCCAAAUACCAGUGUCGCCGUUGUACUCUAUACAGGCGCUGGCUUCUUUAUUUUUCCGGCUUUGCACAUGUAUUCGCGGUUGACAUGCGUCAGCUCGCGUCAGGCAGUGCAAACGUUUCGUAACACACGGUUUGCUGUGACCCAUCCCCGCUGGUACCGUGAGCUACAUAUUCUACCAGACUUGUCCAGUGGGAUUUCUACUUCAUUGUAAAUGAUUGGAAAGAGA